AUUGGCGCCUUUGAUCUAACUCGCGGUUCUUUACUACGACAACGAUCCCGUGCAUUAAUGGAAGGCGGACGACAAACGACCCUUUGGCUCGGUUCCAACCACCGAACCGAGCUCUGCACCCGUUCACCUCCCGCCGCUGGCUGCACCGUGCGCUGACGUCAUCCUUAUCCCGGCCGGUCAGCUGAUCCUCCUGACCACCUGUUGCAUCUUAGCGGCGGCUCAUCCGUUCAGUCGGUAGAAAUGAGCGCGGAGCGCAGCGGCCUGAGGCGCCGGCGUUGGCUUUAGAGCCCCAUCAUGUCAGCGAGAACUCUGCCCCUGGUCUUCGUCAACCUCGGCGGGGAGAUGCUUUACAUCCUGGACCAGCGCCUGCGCGCCCCCAUCGCGUCCGAGGACACGUCAGACAAAGGCGUGUGGUCCGAAAGGGACCGACGGCGAGUUCUGAACGACGUGACCGCGACCCUGUUCGGCCCAUCCUUCGUGGACGAGCUUCUCAAGCCGCAGCAGCUCUACUCCCACCGCACGCUGAAGACGGUGCUGACCCGGCUGGCCCACGCCUCCAUCAUGAGGCUGAACCCGGCCAGCAUGGACAGGCUCUACGAGCUGACGACCAUGGCCGUCAAGCACCAGGUGCUCCUGUGCCCGCGACCCAAAGACCUGCUGCUCGUCUCCUACAACCACAUCGACGCCGUGAGGGACUUCGUGAGGGACUCGCCCGCGGUUCUGAACCAGGUGGACCAGGCCCAUCGGAGGAUCAUUGAGGUACCAGCUGGCAGUGGCAUUUAUUCCCGGGCUGAUUUCAGGUCAGCUCCCUCCUGGUCUCUUCUACCACAGGUGUACUCCUCCAUGUCAGAGGGGGAGCUCCAGCUUCUCAGGCAAACGCUGCUCGUAUUCUUCCAAGACAUGCACGUCCGCGUGUCGCUCUUCCUCAAAAGCAAAAUCCAGAAUCCCGGAAACGGGCGCUUCGCGCUGCCAACGUCCGGCCCAGUGCCUCAUGGGACAGAGGUUCCGGGACUCAUCAGGACGUUCGACCGCAGGGGCCGAGAGGUGAGACGGAGCGAGUUCCCGCCUGGAGGAAGUUACAGCCGCCCGGCGGGAGGCGGCUCCUUCGGCCUGCACGGGGCCAGAGGCACCCUGCUGGGCACCAACACGUACGCGGCGAAUCGUCCGGAGGAGACGCUCGCGUCCAGGGCCUCCGCGCAGACGGGCGACGCCCCCAACCCGCUGGCCAAGGAGGAGCUCAACCUGCUGGCGCGCCUGAUGGGCAGCAUGGGGGCCCAGGACGGCGCCGGGGCCGAGGGCGCCUUCCGCAUCAGCAUGUUCUCCCCCGACGACGAGGAGCAGGAGGCAGGAACUUCAAAGGAAGCGGAGGCCUUUGAAGUGAUAAGUAUUCAAGCAACGCAGGUGGGCUGUAGGUGGAGUUCCCAUUUACUGAGCAUCACUAGAACUAAACAAAAUGCACUAAUGCUGAAGGCAGCAUUUGUUCCUCAGCCAGUUCCUUCCUUGUUCUGUAUUUUGCACCGUCAACGUGACAUGUUGGUGUUUUGUUCGGCUCAGGACGAACACGUUGCUUCUGAGCUGGCUCAAAUCGCUGGGCAGUUUUCAGGAGCAGAGGAACAAGCAGAGAAUCCCUGCGGCAACAAAGGAGACGACCUCUUGGCCAUGAUGGACGACCUCUGACUCAUCGCUCCUCGUCUCCUUCCAGAGACUUCCCUUAAACCUGUCGACUAUGAGACCGUUUAUCCACUCAUGUGACCUGUGCUUCCUGUGAAAUAUCCAGUGUGCAGUAAUUUACACCUCCUGGUUUAACACUGAAGUAAAUUAAGACAUAGUAUCUAUGCACCGACCGACACACUGUAUUUGCAUUAGUCUCUUCAGUACGUUGUGUCAAUAAAGCAUCACUCAGGGAAAAUUCACCUCUUGUUAAUGUGUUAUGUUGCCUGUGUUUAUGUGGACUGUAAUCUGUCUCAUUUAAAUAAUUAAAUGUUGUUCAU